AUGAAUCGACAAGGACCUCGAUACGAUUUAACAUCAUCAACAUCAACUCAUUCGAGUAUAUACAAUGGAGCAUCACGUCCAUUGCGAUCAGUUACAAAUACAAAUGUUGCAUCCCUAGGAAAACAUUUCCAAUCGGAUAGUACGAAUACAUCAACAAUAACUAAUAGUCGAACUCGACCACUAAGUCGAUUCAAUCAACUAUCAUCUGAAAGACCGACAAGAACAAUUUUCCCUACUAUACAAUCAACAAGAUUGCCAAGUCAAGAUCGAUCAAAUAUUCAAACAAAUAAAAUUGCCAAUAAUAGCUAUACUGAACCAUACAUAACAAAUCCAACAGUCACUGUUUAUAGUAUAUCAUCCGCUUCUCGACCAACGAAUUAUACCGAUAAUGAAUCUCCAAUAUUGAAAUCUUCAUCAAAUGAACGAUAUACAAAUCAAUCAUCAUCAUCAUCAGUAACUAAUGAAUCAAGAUUAAGUAGUGGUGGUUUAUGUGGCCUUCAGAAUCUCGGCAAUACUUGUUUUAUGAAUUCAGUACUUCAAUGUUUAUCAAAUACGAAACCACUCUUAUUAUUUUGUUUACAAGAUGAUCUUGAAAAUCAUUUAAAUCAAUCAACAACAAGUGUUAUGAAAGGAGUUUUAAUGAAAGAAUAUGCAAAUUUAAUUCAUAAAAUGUGGCUUUUACCAGAAGGACGAUCAAUUGUUAGUCCAUCUUCAUUUAAAAAUACAAUUGGAAAAUUUGCACCACGUUUUACUGGUUAUUCAGAACAAGAUUCACAAGAAUUUUUAAGAUAUCUUUUGCAAGGUCUUAGUGAAGAUGUUAAUCGUGUAUCACAAAAACCAACUCCAAUUACAAUCGAUGAAAAACAAGAGGAACGAAUGAGGGAAAAAGAUCGUGCAGAAGCAAGUUGGAAACGUUGUUUACGUUUUGAAAAUAGUCGUAUUAUUGAUAUUUUUGGUGGACAAUUAAAAAGUACACUUGAAUGUUCUUAUUGUCAAUAUCAAUCGAUUACAUUUGAUAUGUUUUGGGAUUUAUCAAUACCAUUACCACGUGAUAAAUCAUCAACAAGUUUGCAAGAAUGUAUUCAAUUAUUUAUGAAUAGAGAAGAACUCGAUGGGAAUGAAAAACCAAUGUGCGCUAAAUGUAAACAAAAACGUCCAUGUACAAAACAACUAUCAAUUCAAAGAUGUCCUGAAAUACUUGUUCUUCAUUUAAAACGCUUUUCCCAAACCUAUAGUAGAGCAAAAUUAAAUACCUAUGUAGAUUUUCCAAUCACGAACCUCAGACUUGAUAAAUUACAUGAUGUUAUGUCAGAAAGUUAUCAAGGACCAAUACCAACAUAUAAUUUAAUUGGUAUUUCAAACCAUAGUGGUUCAGUUUAUAGUGGCCAUUAUAUAGCCCAAUGUAAACAUCCAUUUACAAAUGAAUGGCAUGAAUUUAAUGAUUCAUCUGUUCAUUUAAUAAGUGAUAAUACAAGAAUAGUCUCUUCAAAUGCAUACGUGUUAUUUUAUGAACGACAAACAUCUUAA